GAGAGAGAGAUAGAGAGAGAGAGAGGGAAAGACAGAAAGAAGCCAAAGGAGGUAGGUUAACGGACUUCUGGUUCCAGUCAGGCAGUGUGGGAUUUUCUAGUUGAGAGACCCAGUAAAGCCACUGACAAGUCAGCUCCGAGCAACACUGUUAGAAUCUAUCCUUUUUUUUUGCAUUUGUACUCUUCCGAAGGCAAUGUGAAGUGCUGAAGGGAAACAAAAUCUACUGCCUACACAGAGAAUCCAGCUGCACACACAGAAGUCAGACCGGUGCAGUAAGCAGCGCACUGUAGACGGAAAAGGAGACGACAAAGUAGAAAGGGAGAAAAUAAAGCAAGGAGCAAGAUCUAAGAGUCAAGCUGCAGCCAGCCGGAGCCAGUGGAAUGGACCACGGUGCCAGUUGGAUUAAUCCCAGCGUACCCGCAGUGCUGUCUGAGGAGGAGGGCUGAGGAUCCAGUCCUGAAUGAGGAUGAAUGGAGAUGUUCGUUAGCUAAGCCUCAAGAUAACACUCUUGGCAAUUCCACCUCUGUGUGAGCUGGGACAGCUGGAGGAGGAGGAGGUGGUGGUGGCGGAGGAGGUGGAGAGGAGCCCGGGGGCCCAGAGCACCGCUGGUGCUACUGCCCCAGAGGAGAGGCAGGGAAGCGGGCAGGACACUGCCGAGGAUCAGGGGUCGUUGGGGGAACACGAGGGAGGGGGAGAGGUGGCGGGCGUCCGGCGCCGCAUGGCCGUGCAGAGGCUGGUGGCGGCAGCGGUGGCAGUGGCCCUGCUGUCCCUGGUCCUUAAUAACGUUGCAGCCUUCACCCCCAGCUGGGUCCUGCAGGCCCUGGACGACGGACGCAAGAGGAGUGUGGGACUGUGGAGGAUGUGUCCCGCGGGUGGGGAAAGGGGACGCGAGGAUCUGCAGGCUGGGAGACGGGGGCAGGGGACACAGAGGCAGUGCGAAGGCCUGGGAUGGGGCUCUGAUUAUGCAGGCUACCAAGAAUCACGCAGCACUGUCAGACUGCAAUUUGACAUGAUGCGGGCAUGUAACCUGAUGGCUACGGUGGCCUUGACUGCCGGUCAGCUGAUCUUCCUCCUCGGCCUGAUGGAGCUGCCCUUCAUCACACAGGAGUCCCAGUGGUGGGAGGAGGCCAUCGCUGCGCUCUUCCAGCUAGCCAGUUUUGUUCUGCUGAUUGGACUCGUGACCUUCUACAGGAUCGGGCCCUACACGCACCUGUCCUUCUCCUGCUACUUGGACAUAGCUGCUUGCCUGCUGGCCACCACGGCUGCGGCCAUGCUCAUCUGGAACAUUCUACACCGCCGCGAUGACUGCCUCGCACCGCGAGUUAUAAUCAUCAGUCGCUCGCUGGCGUCGCCUUUCCACCCACGCCUAGACAACGACUAUGUGGAGUCGCCCUGUUGAGUCACGGGACUUCAUAACCCCAAGCGGAUAGGGAGUAAUAGACCACAGUGACAAGGCUGUGCUCUCAACUUUACAUGUUUUAGUCCGGCUUAUCCUCCAAGAAAAGAGGGCGUUCCCUGUGGCUCUACAGCAGCUGGACUAACAUGUACUGCAAUUGUAAAACUCUAUAUUUCACAACUUCUCCCACCAUAAGCAAUGAUGUCAGAAUUAUAAUGAUUCUUAGGGCACAGAAGUUAAAUUGAUGUAUAAAUCAACCCUCAGCUUCCAAACAUAUUUAAAACUGUAUUCAUGCUUGGGUGAGCUCAUUUGUGGCCAAAUAUGAAACGUCUUCAAUGGAACAACCUGCUCAUGGAAAGAUCAAGCUGGAACUUGACCUGUUUUCUUAUAUGUGCACUUAUUAAAUGGCCGCCUGCAUAAUUAUAAAUUGGAAAUUAUUGAAAGAUGUUGAAAAUGUAAUACCAGAAUACCUCAUAUUUGUUUUCAUCCUUUUAAAGCUUAUUACCAGUUUAUUACAUAUUGUUAUUAAUGAUGUAUGUUGCAAGUAAGUAAGUAAACUAACAAGGUGAAAGCAGAAGUCAAACAUCUUGAGUGGCUUUUACCAAAUCAGUGACCAUGUUUAAAUUUAAAGCAAUGAGAGGUGAUAUUUUGAUCAAAUAAACAAGAACCUACGGAAAAGAGGGAAUAUUCUUACUCUCUCUGAAUGCGUCAUUAUCACAUUCAUAUUUUUACAGUUGAAGAAUGGAAGAUAUAAAAAACACAAAAUAACUGUCAAUUAAUGAAUGGAAGUGAUUUAGAUUUUUUUGGGUAACAAAGUAAACUGCAUUUUGAAAUGACAUGCAGAUUUUAAAAACGCAUUUUGUCACGAGGCCUUCCACACAAAGCUCUGCCCGCUUGUGGUACAUACUGUAUACUCAAAGUAAUAUAAUGUGUUGGUAUAACGGAUAAUGCUCUCAUUAGCAGUAGUAUUAUUGUGACCAUAUCAUAACUCCAGGCUAUCAGUGGGUCAAACAUAGGGGCACAUUAAAAUAAUAAUAUAUCAUAUAAAGUCAAUAAAUGUAUUGGUAAAUAUUCAAACACAGUGGUGGUUGUUGUUGAUGUUGCUGCUGUUUCGGUGUCCAACACCACACCUGACAAAUGGACAACAUAGAAAUGACGUAUAACACGUAUUUGUUUAACCUUUAGCAACAGAAUUGUAUUUGUGAUACUCUUUACUCAAGGUUCACUUACUAACUUUCUUGCUGGAGCUUUUGACCAUCUACCACGGCCUUAUUCAGCAACUAGAAUUUGCUCAAGCGUUAUCAUGUGACCGGAGUACAGUGCUAUGUACACAACCUAUGUCAGAUGAUAACAAGUGGAUGAUAUACAUUCACUCGAAGAGGGCAGUGAGAUAUGACUGAAAGCUCAAGAAAAGGCUCCAGCAGUAAAUGAGUAAGGUCAAGAAUGAACCUCGCUCAACAUUCUGUUAAGAGUCCAUAUGAACUGUCACGUCAGCUAUAGCACAGUACAGUAUAAGUGCUGCUCAUACUGUAUAUUGCUUUAGGUGUUGUGCGUUACCGCUAUUGAACACUAACACUCUUAUCCGAGUGCACUGGUAGAAUCAUUUUAAAUUCCAAUACCAUCAUUGAAAAACUUACCCCAAACCUGUGAAGAUAAAUAUAGAUAUUUACAUUUUGUACAAUUCAAAUUCUAAUGUUUGCUUCAGGGAACGGGAAUAGCUUCUCAGAGGAAUGACAGACUAACAGCGGUGAAGAACUGUAAUGGUUUGAGUUACAUUUCCUGUGACAAAUGGCAUAAACUGAGAGCACGAGGGUCACAUGUACCUCAUGACUACAACAUCAUCCAUCAGUCUUGGCUUCACUCCUGAACACUUCCUCGGGUGUUUUUGUUCCUGGUGGAAAGGGGGACUUUAUGCUGUUAAAUAGCAAAUGCAGUGGCAAAAAGACAGUAAGAGUAGACUUGCAUUCAUGUAGCACGAUAACCCUGCAGCGUGUCACCUGAAGUCAAGGACAACAUGAAUGAGAGGAAGUAGCACAGUCUGGACUGAAGAAAGACAUUCCAACCCGUCUGACAUGCUGCUUUGGGAGGCAGAGGGACUUUCAUGGUAAGAGUAUGUGUUUUUGGAUUCGGUGAAUUGAUACUUUAAUCAUUUUUUCUACUUGAUUCACAACAUCCAUAGAUGAGGCUGAGCAAAGCCCCGUGUAUUAGAUGGAAGAAGCUUGACUCAGCCAGUCUCCGACUCAAGUAUGAGAGUCUUUGUCAAUUCAAAGAUCUGCAUACAGACAAGUCCCAGAAGGUACAGGUUUACGCCACAGGAAAUGCAUAUUCCUGUGGCUGGAGAUAUGCGGGAAUUGAACACAAUGCUGACCUGAGAAGCAGCAGUAAAAAUAGCCAUCAAUGAGGAACUUAGUAAAGCUGUCAUCGUGCCUAUUAACCUCUCUGGAAUAUCCGGCCAGUGUGAUAAGCUGAUUUCUUAUUUAUUUGUUUUUAUGCUAUUUUCCCAUUUGUGUUAUAUUUGUACGCGCCAAAGCAACACUACGGCAGAAUUCAGACCGAGUGCCGUGAAUCACGUAUUCUGCUAAAGAUAAUAUCCAAUCUGUUCUGAAAUCACAUACGUUUCCCCAACACACACAGGAACAGACACGCACAUCCUUUUACUGACCUGAUUCAAUAUUUGCAAGAAUGGAAAGGGCACUCCUUUAGCACCAAGCUGGCAAGCGGGACCUAAUGUGUGUGUGUGUGUGUGUGUAAGUCAGUGUGUUUAGAAAAGUACAUCCCCUCCGAACAC